AUGGUCAACUGGGAACUAUGUGGAACCCUUCAAGGAGUACCAUUGAGCCACAAGAUGGCAAACUUCGCCUUUCGGCCUAGUACUUACAUCGAAGAUGCAAUCUCGAUGAUGGAUCAAAGAAUGGGAAAAUCUGGCGUGGCCGAAGCAUUCCGGUCAUAUCAAUAUCAGGCUUCGUCAUUUCAGAGUGCAAGCUUCCCUGAUUCUCACUGCUUCUACAAGUUGGAUUGUUGUUGUCAACUUGACCCACAGAAGAUUUAUACAAUGACCCCUAACGGCCUGGCUAUUCUCAUUGGCGCUGGCCCUGCAACCGGUACAGGAAUAGCACGCAUACUUUCUCACCCUUCCCACGGUAACCUCGCCGUAGCGCUCAUAGCUCGGCGUCCUGCAUCUCUCGCCUCCGUAAUCACCAACAUACACAGCACCAGCCCGGACGCAGUCCUCGAAUCCUUUCCCUCAGAUACUUCCGAAGAGUCAUUGAAGAAAGCUUUCCAAGAUAUCAAGUCUCACAAGAAUUUCCAGGGUCUCAAACUGAAGCUAGCAAUUUACAGCAUCAAGCAUUCGUCCAAGAAGCCGUUUCUGGAAGAGACGAGGAGCGCGUUUGAGGAGAGUCUCGAGACAUAUGUCGGUGGUGCUUUUACGUUUGCGCAGGAAAGUUUGAACAGGUUCUUUGAGGAUCAUGGGGAGGAAGGUCUCCAUGAGGGAGGAGGUAAGAAGGGUACUCUGAUUUUUACUGGCACGCUAGGGGCACUUCGCUGCAGUGCUCAAUUUGCAGCCUACGGCGCAAGCCGGUCCUCGGUGCGCCAGCUCGCUCAGACUCUGGCACGCGAGAUGAGCGAACGCGGAGUGCAUGUCGUACACACGAUUGCGAAUGGGGCCAUUGUCGACGAAGAUGGAGAAGAUCAGAAGACAGGCAAGAAGAUGAACGCUGACGCUGUGGGCGAGACGUAUUUGUUUCUGCAUAACCAGAAGCCGUGUCUAUGGACCCAUGAGCUAGACAUGCGGCCCGCUUGUGAGAAGUUUUAG